AUGACCAAUUCUGAGUUUCUGAUUGUGCGAAUAAUUCCUACGCGCCCUGUAACGGCCUCGGCCUUCAGGGCGGCGCUGAACAAAAUCACCAUUACGGCUUCAGACAAGACUGUGUUCAACGCCGGCAAUGAUCGUGCGCUGGGAAAAGCGACUGGGCUGGCUGAUCAGCCUAUCGAUGCGGUGACUCCUAUCCCGCCCCUGAAAGUUGUAGCUGGGGAACCACCAACUCUGCAGCCAAGCAUCAUACAGCACUUCUCCAUCAAAAAUAACGAGCUUAUACCUGAGCUUAGCAUGUCAUCGACUGCAACAGCCGUGGUUGUUAUCAACAGAGCUGGGCUCACUCAACCCGACAAGGAAUAUCCCACGCCUACAUCAUACGACGUCAGCUUGACACUGACGCAGGACUCUACGCAGCCGACAGUUGCAAGCCGACAGCAAGUAGUGGACUUUAACGUACAGAUUUCCAACGAACAUCUUGUAACGGAUCAGCUGUCAUACAUUUCAAGAGCUGCUGAAGUCUAUCUAUCAAUCGAUGUUCCUCAAGCCCCCCUUGACCUGGGGACAGCAAUUUAUGCUGCGGCAGCAGAUGGCACACCACCUAGCUUCACUUACAUGGUGAAAGCUAUCGACAAUGUUCUGGGAAAAGACUCCCCGACCGGAGCGACGUCCUUGGAGAACAUGAAAGUCUAUCUAUCAACAGCUCAGGCCCGACAGGUUGCUGCUGAGCUGGUGAAUAAUCGGCUGCUGGAUCCUCCGCCCAUUGCCCCAUACCCCUCCUGGAACAGUGUUCUGUAUCUCGAAAAGAAUGAUAGAGUAUUUUUCGAAGACAUGUUCACUGUAGACACUCCCGGAGGGCAAAUUGCAAAUCAAACAACGGAUCAGUCGAGAACCAAAUUUGAAGGCGAUCGCGCGUCAUAUUACGCUCUACGGACAUCUGACGGUAUUCAACUGGCCAACUAUGUCUACUCGGCCAUUUUUGCCAUCUAUGCCGAGUUUUACAGUUUUAAUGCGCAGCGCGCCGUUAUUACUAUACCCGUUAAAGCCAAUGCGCAACAUUCAACGUCCGUCUCGCUGCCGUCCAUGCCCCUAUCCGGUACAAAUGGUGCGGCGCUUGCUCCAAGCUUCACAGUGCCAGCGGCAUAUUUCUACGCCUUGACCACAACGCACGCUAUAACCCAGGAUUUCGAUACCAGGAUGAAGAUUCUGCUCACGGCUUCGAGUGAUAGCCUUGGAAACUCGCUUGGCCUAGCAAUUGAUCAAGGAGUUUUGGGUCAGAAGUCGUCGGCGGAUGGAUUGAUCUGGCGCGAUAGCUCACUCGAGUCUGUACCGGCGGUUCACAUUAACCAACUACAGGCCAUCCGCCGCAUCGCUGCAUUGCAAGCCUCUGUCCGUGAUACACUCCCAGAACUGGUUCAACCGGAGGCGAAUACUAGUGUCAAGAAGAUGAUUACAGACUGGCUGCAAUUUAUCGGAACAGAUGCAGAUUUGCCGCAAAAAGUCUGGUAUCGGCCAGAAAAUGCAAAAGACUACCUGACUGUCAUUCUCGAAGUUAUUGUACCAGGAGAUGAGACUUUGAUUUCCACAAUUUUGACCGACCUACGCCUGCCGCCGGAGUCGGGGACCGGCCUCGGACUCGUGAUUCAAAACGUCACCGACCUCUCCAACGUUACGGAAACGCAGUGGCUCGAAUUUUUCCAGCGCCAUGAUGGACUUCUACCAAGGAAAUAUCUUUUAGGUGAUCUGAAAGGUCGCGUACAUACACUCGUUCAGGAUGUAACCAAGGUCUUGUUCACGUCGCCUGCACCACAGUCUCUCGGAGACUUGCCACCUCAGCUAGCGAUUCCGACACUUGCAGGCACGCUUGACAAAGAUGUCUUGGUCAACUUCCUGAAUCAAUCCAACUUCAGCCUUACAGAUGACCUGGACGACACAAAACUUACUCAGUACAAAGCUCAGGCGCUGCAAAUCUUCAAAAGCGAGCAGAUUGCCUCCUUUGUCACAUCCGCUGUCCAGGAGCUGUGGACACUAUAUCGCAUGACGGACUUGACUGGCAUUAGCAAGGAGCUAAGGUUCUCUUACAUGGAAGCAUUGCAUGCAAGAGGUUUCACAAGCGUCGAAAAAGUGAAAUUGGUUGGAUCUACACAAUUUCCCCUCGCAAUGGCUGGCACUGUCGCGUUUCCUCGAGCCGGUGAUAUUUUUACCAAGGCAGACGCGCUACAAUCUGACUCGGGAAACACUGACCCGGAGCCGGGGUACACAUUCAGCCCAGUCAACUCGGGGGACUUGACAAAUUGCGAGCCGCCGUGCCACUUGUCGCCAUUUGGUCCUUUCCAGUACCUGAAGCAGCUGCUUGGGCUGCCCUGCGGCGCACAAACUGUCGGUGACGUUCUCGCCACACGACGGGGGCCAUUGUCAAAUCUCAUGGUCAAUGCUAGCAACAUGGAUACUCAAUUGCCAGUAGUGGAUCUUGUCAAUGAGAAUCUGGAGUCCUUGGUGUCGAAUCUGACUGCAAAUACGGGGGCGAUCUACAAUACCGACAACGCUGGUCUUACAAGCAUAGAUGUGCAAAGUAUAGAACCACUUGUCAUACCAGCUGGCCUCACCGAGGAUGGCAUUCUCAAAGCGCUUCCCCAGCAUUCGUCGCCGCAUCUUCCACAGGAUCAGCCUGUUGUUUAUACUGCACUCGCAUCCUCAGUGGCGGGGCCGGAUCUUCCAUAUUCGCAGAGCUUGGACAUCUCACGAAAUUACUUGAGCACUCUUGGAACGUCGCGCUUUGACGUUAUGCGACUUUUCCAUCGCGACACGACUGAAUUUGCGCCAGAUGCCUCCAAAGAGCCAGCAGAGUUCCAAAGGUUCCUGUGGCGUCUCCCAGUUCGAUAUGAUAUUGCACUCGAGUACCUUGGCGUAUCUCCUGAGGAGGCUUCAUCCGUGUAUGGUGGCAACAUGACAAGCGCCCUGGCCAUGGAGCUCCUCGGUAUGUCUCUGCGUGGCAAUGAGGAAUCUUCCACUCGUCUUCUUCAAGUCUCGGAUUUUAUUUCCCAAGCUGGUAUCACAUAUUGCGAAUUCCUCGAGUUACAAAAGUGCGGUUUUGUUCAGUUCAACGCUGGAGAGGUGUACAAAGAUUACCCGGAAUGCCUGCCCUGCUGCGAUGAGGAUGUCGUCAUUUCGUUUCCCGGAGAGCGUUCCCAAGCAGGAGAGUUACUGAAGCUUUUGAUCUUCAUCCGUCUUUGGAAGAACCUCAGGCGACCCUGUGGGGCGACGGUGACAAUGAAUGUUCUGGCAGAUAUCUGCAAAAUGCUGAAGCUGUUUACCGACACAAACGUGAAUCCAGACUUUCUGCGACAGUUUGCAUCCUUACUCAUGCUGCAUAAUUUCUGGUGUCUCCCUUGGGCAGAGGAACAGGCCACUGCGUCGCAGAUUGACCAACCAGACGCGAGAACCACGCUUUUGUCCAUCUGGUCCGGAAACGGCACUGACACGGACGGCUUUCAAUGGGCCGUGGAAGCAAUUUUCUCCGGAAUCGAAAAGCACGCUGUGCAACACUACAAGUGUCCAAAGCGAUUUGCUUCCUGGAAAAAGCUCAUCGCCAGUAAUCUUGACGCUUUAGCAGAGCUUGCAGGCUUCGUGGAGAGCAAGUGGUACUCUACACCAACUUGUACUAUCCGCUUUGUUGAGAUUCUGACAAAACUAUACGCGUCCAAUUUCACCGUUGGUGAAAUACUGUUUCUCUUUACCACGAGGAAGCACUUGCGCGCUGAUGACCCGUUCCCUUUCACCGGGGAUGAUGAAUCCCUCGAUGACCCCUUUAAUGUUCCCGAAGAUGACGAAAAUCAUGGCCUCUGGGCUCUGCGACGUAAGCUUCUCGAAGUUGAAGUGUGCAAUGCGGACGCCGAGUGCUGGUCGUGGUACAAGAUCGAGUCAACCUUGGAGGAGCUUGGGUACCGCCCACAAGAAGAAUUAUUCUCGCUGCAGUACUUGGCUGAGCACUUCUUCCCUGAGAUACUGGAAGAGUGCGGCGGCGAUGUCUCGCGCAAGAGUCGCUACUUUACUACAGCUCUGAGAAACUCGUCUCCGCAGAUCUGGUAUCCGAUCAAUCAUUGCUCACCAUUUUCUUAUCAGUCUAAUGGGGGGGAUCGGGAAUUGGCACAGCUCCGUGUCAAACUCCCACUUCGGGACGAGGACGUGCUAAAAUUCCUGAGGGAAACGCGCCAGUUGAACGACCAGGAGGCUUCUGCCGUCCAGACACUGUACUGGCAAGCCCGCGCAGCGCUGGCUCCCUUUGCUCUCUUGUUCACAAACUUCAAUCAUGCUGCGGAAUACAUGGUCCAAGAGCCUUGUGUCAGAAAGAGAUUCAACUUCUUUACUAAAGAGGUCGCGAAAUUUAAGAAGCGCUGUAGAGUCAUUGCCCGGCAUCUUCACGACACCGGUCGCGUACUCUCUGGUGGUGAGCCUUUCAAUGCGAUCUGGAAAGGCGAAUUGAUGGUUGAGAAGGGCGGCUGCUAUCAUUUCGCCAUUUCUUGCAAUUGUCGCCAUGAUGGCGACUCCCAUGACCAUGAGUCCCAUCAUGCGCAGGACUCCCAUCAGGAUAAUUGGAGCUACUGCCAAUGCGGCUGUGAAGCCAACAAGCAGUGGGCUGUAAAACUCCGUCGUGGCGACAAGAACUGGAAUCUUCUCAGCAGAGGACCAAACCCCGAGGGUGUUCCCGAAACCUACUCCAAGCAAAUCCCUCUCCGCGCCGGCGCCUACCGGAUCACAAUUGUCUACCGGCAGCCUGAGCCGGACUUUGACGACGAUGAUGACUUGAGCAAAAUUCACACGGGAGUAAAAUUUUCCUACAAAGGACCAGACACGCACGAAUGCCUGGAGGAAGUGCCCGUGUCGGCGCUCUACAUCCAUUGCAAGGACGGUCCUCUUUGGCCCCAAGAGAGCCUCAUGGCGGGCAGCACACAGGUGAUAAACUCUAGGUAUAUCCCGACCCUCAGAGAUAUCAGAAGGACAUAUCAGCGCGCUUUCAAGUCGGUGCUCUUCGCGCAUCGAUUUUGCUUGUCGGCAUGCAUUUCACACUGCGAAGGCGAGUCGGAGCUUGGAUACUUGCUUAACAAUCAAGAAAGUUUCCAAGGAUCGUCAUACUACUGGGACACUGAGACGGGGACCUACAAGGUGCAUCAUGUAGACUUCAACUUUAACUUUUUACCUGUCACAGAUGCAUAUCUCCCUCCCAGUGUGGACGAGGACCAGCGAGUUGAGCCAACUCAAAAACGCCAGACUGCGCUCUUUGACUGGUUUGAGAGAAUUUUCGACUAUACUGUGCUCCGUUCCGAGGUUAGGAGCAUAUGCGAGCCGGCGCUCUGGAUCUUCUUCCAUCACGUUACCUUUGAUUCGCCGCAGAAAGUUGACCAGUUGCUCCGGUAUCUGGGCAUGGAGAUCAAACUGGCGCCGUUGGUCUUGGAAUACUUUGCACCCCCGCCAGAUGGAUUAUUCAAGAUAUCCGACUCCCAAAAUUUAACUGCCUUGGGCGACGAGAGGUGGGCAACUCGAGUUUGGAAAUCGAAGAGGUGGCUCGAUCACAUCCAGCGCUCUUUCUACGCCCCGAUCACAGAACUGGCGCUUUGUCGACCAGCUUUGUGGUCGGCGAGUCCGGACCCGAAUGAACCUGUUGAUGGGCUAGCUGGUAACAUCAACUUGACUCGCUUCGUUCAGAGAUCCUGUCUGGGUAAAACGGACGCGGAGACGCGGUUGCGGGAGGUCGUAGGGCUGAGCAACGGCCUUCGUCUUCGCGCUCGCCAUGCUCUUCUCCAAUUUCUGCGCUUCAACGGGAAGUCUGCAGAGGAAAUCUCUGAUUAUCUUUUGCUGGACGUUUCGGUUGAUAUCGGCGAGACAACCACUCGUGUCAAUGACCUUGUGGUAGCGGCGCAGAGAUUUGUACAGAGAGCCAUUCUUGGGCUUGAAGCCGAGUUUCCCGUCGAUGCCGAAACCCUCAAGACGUGGGAAUGCGAGUUUUCAACUUUUGAGAAAUGGCAGGCGCGCCAGAGGAGGAUCUGGUAUUACGAGAAUUGGCUGCAGUGGGACGAAGCCAAAAGAUUGUCAAAGAGCGAAGGCUACCAGUCACUUGACAAGGCAUUCGUCUCCGGCAUCACGACUGUCGCUACCUUGGCCGAAAACAUGAAUUGGGCUGGAACAGGCGCUCUUCCUGCCCAGCCGGGAAGAGAGCCUCUGCCGUCAGCGCAUGCAUUCGUUUUAGCAGCUCAGCGGCAAGCCCUAGACGAAGGGCUGAGCUUGAUGGGUCAACCAGAUCGCAGCGCCAUGCCAACAUGGCUAGCUCCGGUACAGCCAAUCAACUCCGCCGGGCCCCCAGAGAGAACCCCAAAUCCUCCAAGAGAAACACCCCGACUUACAGCCGGGAGCCCAGACCAAAGUUCAGAGGAGGCAGAAGUCACUCGCACUGGAGAUGGUGAAGGCGAACAGAGCACAACAGCCAUCACACCCACCUCAUUGGACGAUACUCUUCCUGGCGCUUCGUCGCUCAAGUCUAUACCUCUCUGGGUCCAGGCCGCACUUCGCCUCGGAGUCAGGUUCAUUCGUGUGGCGGCGUCUAGUGUCCCAAUUGCUCUGCCAUACAGCAAGAGGACUGAGCAGCCUCCCCUUUGCUGUGACUGUGGACAUCGUCAUGAGCCUACAAUCGACGAGUACUACUUUUGGCUUGAGGAUAACCUCAGGUUUGACCCAACCAACAUUGCAGCCUCUCAGAACGCAGACCUGCACGACAAUGUGCCUGGUGUGAGCGGCUCGACAGGCAACACCCCGCAGAUUGAUCCGCGCACCAUUCAAGCUGACCCAACAUCGGACUGGGAUGCUCCUACUGCCGAGUUGCUGCACUGGAAAUCCGAACCCCUGGUCCAUCUACGGUGGAUGAAGGUGCAUAGAGGAGUUUUGCAGGACUCACGGCGCUCAACCGAGGGGAUUCCCCUUGCCGAUGCCGAUCUUGAUGCGCUGUUUUUGGACCUUCGUGGACGGUCUUUUGACUCUCUGCUAUUUAAUGUUAAGCGAAAUGACACGAGCACAGGUUUUCGUUUUGACAUUGCCACUGAUACUGCAAUCCCCAUUCCUGAGCCAGUCCCAAGUCCUCCGCCAGCAGCGUUACCCAUCUCGCAAAUACUCAUCAACAACUUGGCGGCUUUCCCGUAUUUUUUGUACUACAAGGGGGGAAUGCCACUAGUGCCUGUCGGUACAUUUGGCGCCAGCAUGGUGAUUGCCUCAUCGCUGAGAGCAGACUGCCAGUAUCAAGCCUCCACAUACUGGCUGAAACUGGUGUACGAUCCUCUUUCCAGGGACAAUACCUGGAUGCAAUGCCCUACUCUGAGCAGCAGUGCGGGGCAGCGCAUACUUGUACUAGAUGAAGAUGAUUCUAAAUCUUCGGAUCUGUUUUCCAGCACGGCCGCUCUUGUCAAGAUUCUCCAAGCAGAAGGCGAGAGCGAGGUUUCUGCUCUCGCCGAGAGGGGACGAUUUCCACAAGACAGCACGUGUUGCCGCACAGCCCCGGUCAAGCUGGCCAAGGCUACAGGGCGCGCAGUGACAAUGGAUUACGUUGAAACAUUGAUCGCCUGGGCUGACAGCUUCCGCUGUCUGAACUCGCUCGAGGCAGACCAACAAGCCGACACCUUGCUCAGCGUGGCUGCUAGAAUACUUGGCAAGAAGCCAAAAGAUGUCGCUGCCGUCGAUUUGACGAGCGGCAAAAUGAAUCUCACCGCAUUUCAGAGUUCACAGCCUCCACUGAACCCCAAACUUCUGCGCCUCUUUGACGCUGUUGGUGAUGGCCUCAGUAUGGUCCGUGCUGGAAUAAACAAGCGCCGACUCCGCAAUGGGGCGCUUGGAUGGGAUCGUGCAACAUGGGGUUCUCACAGACGUUUUGAUACUGGGCCUGUAUUCCAACCCGCCAUGGGAGAUCGUGGCUGUGACGGACUGUGCGUCUUUUCCUGCUCGCAGACAUAUCGGUACAGCUCGAUUUUGCCAAAAGCGUUCCAGUGGACCGCUAUUGUAAAAGCCACUGGUGCUGCUCUACUCUCUGCCAUUGAGAAGGCGGAUGCUGAGGCGCUGUCUUCGAUUAGGACUGCACAGGAGCGGCAGAUGACUGAGCUGGGCUUGGACAUUGCCAAGAACCAAUACCGGGCUGCAGACUGGGAUGUGCAAGCGCUCGACAAGCAAAUGCAAGGAGCUUUGACCAGGCUGCAGUAUUACCAGAAGCUGAUUUCCGACGGGUUGAACUUUAGUGAAAUGGGCUAUUUAUUCGGCACAGAAGCAUCCAUGGCUAGUCGAACCAGCGCCAACGUCUCUGAUGGCGUCGGUCAGGGCAUGGCCAGUGUCCCAGACAUGUGGGUUGGGGUGGCUGGUGUUGCUGGCAGCCCGUUGCAGUUUCAGCAGAUGCCGAUGGGUGUCAAGAUGGGCACCGGCUUCGCGGCCGCGGCCCGUAUCCUCAACACAGUGGGAGACAUCUCCAGCUCCAACGCUGGAAUGCAGAAUACACAAGGCAGCUGGGACAGACGCACACAGGAGUGGCAGCACCAAUGCGACGUCAUCACCUACGAGAUUCAACAGAUCAAACGUCAGCGUCUUGCUGCACGUCGACGGUUAGAGGUGUCGCGGAGGGAGCUGGACAACACCGAGAGGAACAUUGAGCAUCAGGCGGAGGCGCAGGACUUUCUGCGAGACAAGUUUUCAAAGUAUGAACUUUACUUGUAUCUGCAACAGGAGAACGCCGCGUUGUACAACAAGACUUUUACUGCGGCAGUUGAAGUGGCCAGAGAGGCACAGCAAGCCGCAGCGUACGAGCUCGGCGACCCAUCCCUGGACCUGAUUCCGUCGGCGGCGUCAGUCUGGGACAGUCUUCAUUCUGGUUUGGUAGCGGGCGAAAAGCUAGAGUUGGCGGUUCAAUCGCUCGACAGGGCGUACAUGAACAAAAAUUGCCGCGAGUACGAGUUGGCGAAGCACAUCUCGCUGCGGCUGCAUUUCCCAGCCAGCUUCGUGAUGCUCGCGACGACCGGCUGUUGUGAAGUGGACAUUCCGGAGUGGCUGUUUGACCUCGAUUAUCCUGGUCAUUACAUGCGUCGCAUAAAAACAGUUUCCUUGACCAUGCCGUGUCUGGCGGGGCCGUACACGGGUAUUCACUGCAAGCUGCAACAAUUGCAAAGCUCGAUCCGCCAGAGGCCGCAGAUGGAAACAUGCAGCGACUGCUGUUGCGCUGGCAAGGGCAAGGCUGAGACGCCAUCAGGAGCCUGCAUCCAUGAUCCAUGUGUAGCAACACGGUACGCCGGGACGGAAGCAAUCGCCACGUCGACUGGACAGAACGACUCCGGUCUCUUUGAGGUCAGCUUUGCGGACACGCGCUAUCUUCCCUUUGAGUACUCGGGUGCUGUAUCGCGGUGGCGUCUCGAACUGCCUCUUGAAAACAACCAGUUCGACUUUGACAGCCUGAGUGAUGUCAUUAUGCACAUCAGCUUUACGGCAAGAGAGGGCGGUCCCGAGUUCCAGAGGCAACGCCAAGAAGUUGCACAGAAACACCUACCCGCGGACGGACUGCGGUUCUUUGACAUCAGACACGAGAUGCAGGAGGCUUGGUCGGUACUGAAGCGUAAUGAGAAGUGCACUGGGUCUGGAACUCUGGAACUCUACGUAGCUAAUUUCUCUGUUAUAAUUACUGUAUCUGUUUACCGUCAUUAG